AUGAUAGAAAGAAUUCCGACAACAACAUUCAAUAACACGAGUAAUCUAUUUGAGUUAAAUUUAUCUUGGAACCGACUUGUAUAUCUACAAGAAGGAACUUUUGAUGGUCUCCAAAGUCUUCAGAAAUUAUUUCUUAACGGGAAUUAUUUAAACUACAUAAAAAUAAAUCUAAGCCACAACAAGUUUACGGAUGUUACUAUCGAUCUUUCUCAUCUUGUUAAUUUAGAAAGACUUGAUUUAUCAUACAAUAACAUCAGUGCACAUUGA